AUGAGUUCUACAUACAGCACUUGGCCAGUUGUUUUGGUUCCAUAUAAUUUGCCACCAUGGAUGUGUAUGAAACAGUCUUCACUCAUUCUGUCAAUGGUUAUUCCCGGUGAUAAGAGCCCAGGUAAUGAUAUAGAUAUUUUUCUGCAGCCUUUAAUAGAUGAAUUGAAAAAGCUAUGGCAGGGUGUUGAUGCAUUUGAUGCUUUCACUGGCCGAACAUUAAAAUUGCAUGCAGCUCUUAUCUGGACAAUUAAUGAUUUUCCUGCAUAUGCUAAUGUAUCCGGUUGGAGCACUAAGGGGCGUAUUGCAUGCCCUUGUUGUGGAGAUUUAACUCAUUCAUAUUGGUUAAAACAUGGAGGAAAAUUCUGUUAUAUGGGUCAUCGAAGAUGGUUAGAAGCAAAUCAUCCAUUUCGACAUCAGAAUAAUCAGUUUGAUGGUACCAUAGAGUUGCGAUCUGCACCUAUUCCACCAACUGGAACUGAAGUUCUUAAACAAACUCAUGGCACUAACUAUAUACCUGGUAAGGCAUUCAACAGUUCAAAGAAGCGGGGAAGAGGGGAUGUUGGCAGCUCAGUGACACAGGUUUUUGAGGACGCUGACAACUUCGAGAAUGAUGACAGUAUUUAUGAACAGAAAAAUGACGAUGGCACAAACUCGGUAUCUACACAGAAGCAGUUAUGGAAAAAAAGGAGCAUUUUCUUUGAAUUACCUUAUUGGGAGUAUAAUCUUCUUCGACAUAAUCUUGAUGUCAUGCAUAUAGAAAAGAAUGUUUGUGAUAAUUUGAUUGGAACAAUGUUAAAUCUUGAAGGAAAGACUAAAGACAACUUGAAAGCGCGUCUUGAUUUGAAAGACAUGGGCAUAAGACAAGAGCUUCAUCCGAAAGAACAACCCAAUGAUAAAUAUUUUAUACCUCCUGCAUGUUACACAAUGUCUACUCCAGAGAAAGAUCUUUUUCUAACGGUUUUGAAAAAUAUGAAGGUUCCAGAUGGGUAUGCAUCGAAUAUUUCAAGAUGCGUUAAUCUUAAAGAGCGAAAACUUACGAAUCUUAAAAGUCACGAUGGCCAUAUUUUGAUGCAAGAUAUCUUCCCAUUGGCUUUAAGAUCAUCAACACAGAAACAAGUUCUUGCAAUUGUGACUCAGUUAUCAUCCUUCUUUAAGGCAUUAUGUUCCAAAGUUCUAGAUCCCAAGGAGCUUGAUCAAUUGGAGUCUAAUGUUGCACUAACACUGUGCCAUAUGGAGAAGAUCUUUCCUCCUGGGUUUUUUACUAUUAUGGUUCAUCUACUCAUUCACUUAGCGGCGGAAGCUAAACUUGGUGGACCGGUUCACUACCGAUGGAUGUAUCCUAUUGAGAGGUAUCUUGUGCGCUUAAAGGAAUAUGUACGCAAUCGAGCCUAUCCCGAGGGAUCGAUUGCGGAGGGAUAUAUUGCUGAUGAGUGUUUGACAUUCUGCUCGAGAUACCUUGAAGGAGUUGAAACUGCUUUUAAUCGACCACAAAGGAAUUACGAUAUUAUACAUAAUGCAGAGGAGUACAAGUUCUCAUCUGGUGGAAGAUUUGUGGGGAAAGCUGAAAGUACUGUAAUUCAUCAUAAAUUAUUGGCACAGGCACAUCGUUAUGUCUUACUCCACAGUGACUUAAUAUCCGAGUAUCGCAGAUAUCGUAACUUUUUUGCUUAUAUUGUUGAUGGAGUUCUUUAUUAUGUGUGA